CAGCGCGCGCGCCUACGAGCACUGCACGGUCCCCCCUCCCUCUCACAGGACGCAACAACCAGCCCACCGCCCCCGAUUGUCGCCGUCGUCGGGUCUCUGCUCUCCGUCUCCCACGGGAGCCUGUGAUCUGCGCCGCACUGUGCCAUGUCGUCGUCGUCGUCGUCCACCGCGGCGGCGGGCUCCGCGCUGGGCGGCUCCCACGCCGGCCUCGCCCUCGCCGCCACCGCCAUGGCGCUCUCCGGCACCCUCGUGCUCUUCUCGCUCUGCCGCGCCAAGCAGACGGACCACCACCUCGUCUCCUCCGACGCCGCCGCCACGUCCCCGUCUCCCGCCCGGCUCCGGCCCUGCCUCUCCUCCUCCGAGAAGCGGAAGCGGGAGAAGGCGCGGCGCGGGAGCAUGAAGCGGGUGCGCUUCGCCGCCGACGUCGUUGACCACGGCCCAGCUCGCCCGGCGCCGGAGGUGGAGGAGGCGGUGGCGUCGGGGCCGGGGCCGUCCUGCAGGGGCGCCGCGAUGCCGGCGAACCGGGAGGCGCUGUACCGCGGCAUGCUCCGCGGCCGCUCCAUGCUCAGGACCGCCUGCUCCUACUAAGCUGCCGGCGUCAAUUAACCCCCGCCGUUUAAUCCAUCCCAUCCCCGUCUUAGUCCGGCCGAAGCUGCCAGUGCCUUUCGCGUUUCUUGUUCAUUAGCGUCGCCGCUGAUUGGGAGAUUUUUGUAAUUAGUGAGCAUCCCGUACGCUACGCGCGAGCGAUCUGUGUGGUGCGUCUUAUUAAUUGUUCUACUCGUUGUCGUAACUCGUACGAGUGCGUACUGUUUCUACCUGCGUAAGUAGCCAAAUUGGUCCAAGAACAAGGGGUCCUUGCAUUGUUGUACCUGAUCUAAUGGUUAAUGAAAGUUGCCUUUGAUCCUGUUCUUCAUUUCA